UCUACCCGGAGGCGGAACCGCUGCUACCGGGACCUAAAGGCUUACAGAUCGGGGGCGCCUGGAUACCUUAGCCAUGCGCCCCCGGCGCCUCGCCUCUGCCAAGCUGGCUUUUCUAGCUGUGCUCUUGGCCGCGCCCUUGACUCUGGCUGAGACCCCAUACCUGGUGCGUGUGGAUGCAGCCCGCCCGCUGAGGUCUCUGCUGCCCUUUUGGAGGAGCACCGGCUUCUGCCCCCCACUGCCUCAUGACCAGGCUGACCGGUUCGACCUUAGUUGGGACCAGCAACUGAACCUUGCCUACAUCGGUGCUGUGCCUCACAGUGGCAUCGAGCAGGUCCGGAUACACUGGCUGCUGGAUCUCAUCACAGCCAGGAAGUCAUCUACGCAGGGGCUAAUAUACAACUUCACCCACUUAGAUGCUUUCCUGGACCUCCUCACGGAGAACCGGCUCCUCCCUGGAUUUGAGCUGAUGGGCAGUCCUUCUGGGUACUUCACGGACUUUGAGGACAAGCAGCAGGUGUUUGAAUGGAAGGACUUGAUUUCUCUCUUGGCCAGGAGAUAUAUCGGUAGGUAUGGACUGACACAUGUUUCCAAGUGGAACUUCGAGACUUGGAAUGAACCAGACCACCACGACUUCGACAAUGUGUCCAUGACCGCACAAGGCUUCCUGAAUUACUAUGAUGCCUGCUCUGAGGGGCUGCGUAUUGCCAGCCCCAUGUUGAGGCUGGGUGGCCCUGGGGAUUCCUUCCACCCCCUGCCAAAGUCACCACUUUGCUGGAACCUCCUGCGCCAUUGUGCCAACGGAACCAACUUCUUCACUGGCGAGGUGGGCGUGCGUCUGGAUUUUAUCUCCCUGCACAAGAAGGGCGCAGGCAGCUCCAUCUCCAUCCUGGAGCAGGAGGUGGCAGUUGUGGAGCAGAUCCAGCAGCUCUUCCCUGAGUUCAAGGACACCCCUAUUCACAAUGACGAGGCAGACCCUCUGGUGGGCUGGUCACUGCCACAACCUUGGAGAGCUGAUGUGACUUACGCGGCUUUGGUGGUGAAGGUCAUUGCACAGCACCAGAACCUGCUGCUUGCUAAUAGCAGUUCCUCCCUGCGCUAUGUGCUCCUGAGCAAUGACAAUGCCUUCCUGAGCUACCACCCGCACCCUUUCUCCCAGCGCACACUUACUGCCCGCUUCCAGGUCAACAAUACUCGCCCACCCCAUGUGCAGCUCCUGCGAAAGCCAGUCCUCACAGUCAUGGGGAUGAUGGCCUUGCUGGAUGGAGAACAACUCUGGGCAGAGGUGUCAGAGGCUGGGGCUGUGUUGGACAGCAAUCACACAGUGGGUGUCCUGGCCAGCAUCCAUCGCCCCGAAGUCUCCUCGGAGGCCUGGCGUACCACAGUCCUGAUCUACGCUAGUGAUGACACCCAUGAACACCUCAACCGCAGUAUCCCCGUGACUCUUCACCUUCGCGGGGUACCCCCUGGAUUGGGGCUUGUCUAUGUAGUACGCUACCUAGACAAUCAACUCUGCAGCCCCUACAGUGAGUGGCAGCAGAUGGGUCAGCCAGUCUUCCCCUCUGCAGAGCAGUUCCGACGUAUGCGCAUGGUGGAGGACCCAGUGGUUGAGGCACCGCGUUCCUUCCCUGCUGGAGGCCGCCUGACUUUACAUAGGAAGCUUUCUUUGCCAUCACUUUUGCUGGUGCACGUAUGCACACAACCCUUGAAGCCACCAGGGAAGGUUAGCCGGCUCCGGGCACUGCCCCUGACGCGUGGGCAGUUGGUUCUAGUCUGGUCGGAUGAGCAUGUGGGCUCCAAGUGCCUGUGGACAUAUGAGAUCCAGUUCUCCCAGAAGGGUGAGGUGUAUGCCCCAAUCAGCAGGAGGCCGUCUACUUUCAACCUCUUUGUGUUCAGCCCAGACACAGGUGUGGUUUCUGGCUCCUAUCAAGUACGAGCAUUGGACUACUGGGCCCGGCCAGGCCCCUUCUCAGACCCUGUGACUUACCUGGAUGCCCCUGCCUCGUGAGAGCCACUGGCUUCUAGUGACUGGUGAGCCUGUGCUGACUGGUGAAUGGGGUCGGCCAGGUUGAGCCAGACUGCCACUAGCAGUCAGUUGACUAUGGCUCCCUUUGUUGUUUCCCCCAUUUUCUUUUAAAGUAUCUUUCUCCACCUCAGCCUUGGAGUCUGUCUUUGUGGAUGAACACUGCAGGGGGCCCAGCUGCAGUGACCUUUGCCUGCUUUCCUCUCUCUUCCCAGAUGCUCAAAAGUUUAACUUUGGAACUGGGAAGAUGGCUCAGUGGGUAAAGUGCUUGCUGUGCAAACAUGAGGACUUGAGUUCUGCUAUCUAGCACUCAUGUAAAGGCCCAGCAUGGCGAGAGAUGCCUAUAACCCUAGUGUUGGUGGGAGGGACAGAGGCAGGCCAGGGUGCACUGCUCAUCUAGUCUACCUGAAACUGCAAGCUCCAGGUCCAGUAAGAAAGCCUGCUUCAGAAAAAUCCAGAAGAGAACUAUAGAGAAGAUACUCAAUAUUGAACUUUGGUCUACACGCGCACAAACACGCACCCUCUUUCUAUCCCUCUCUCACCCGCAAAACACACUGCACAUCAUACUAUGCAUACACAGGCUAAGUUCAGUUCCUUUUCUGAGACUCAAGACAAACUUUUAGCUUGAGAUUCUAUAAUAUCAAGAAUAAAGUUAUGCGCUUCUGAAAUACAAUUGCAUAGGAUAAACAUCUCCAUUUCAACAGGAAAAUAAAUGACAAGGAAGGAUUUAACUGAAGCAAGACCAAAACAUUAAAUCCUGAAAGACAAACAUUAAAUCCUGAAGAUACAGUCCCAGAACUGGGGCAGAUGUCAUUGUGAUGUGAGCUCUGAAAAUGUUCUGUCUUUGUGGUGUUACCACUUACAGCUCCUAUGACUUUUCUCCUGGGCUGGAAUUUUACGUUUUCCAUCGCUGUGAUUAGACAUGACAAGCACAAGCGACUUGGGUAGGACAAAGUUUAUGUUGCUUACAUUUCCAGGUUACAGUCUAUCGUUGAAGGAAGUCAGGGCAGGAACCUGGAGGCAGGGACUGAUGUAGAAGCCAUGGAGAAGUGCUGCUGACUGGCUUGUUCUCCAAGGCUUUCUCAGUCUAUUUUCUUAUAGACCCCAGGACCACCAGCCAAAAGAGUGGCACCUCUCACAGUGGCCUGGGCCCUCCUACACUAAUCACUAAUAAGAAAAUGCAAUACAGGCUUGCCCACAGGUCAAUCCUGUUAGGGCAUUUUCUCAGUUGAGGUUCCCUCUUCCCAAAUGACUCUAGCUUGUGACAAAUUGACAUAAAACUAUUCUGGCCUUGACACACAUUACCAGGCCUCCCAAGUCUUCCUUUGAAAUCUGCCUGGAAUCUUAUAUAACCUGUAACUGUAACUCUUGUAUUCUGUCUUCUAAGCCAGCAUCCCGUGGAUCACACAAAGCUUGGAUGGCACCUGAGGACCCUUGGGCCAUCCAUGGCUGCAGUAAACUUGGAGUGCCUUGUUACUUUUCCCCAUGCACUUGGGCAGAACAUCAUGAGGAUGGUAACUUGUAGAGGGGGAGGCUGUUCACCUCAUAGGGAAUAGGAAGCAGAGUAAGGAUAGAAUUAAGUGUAACCUUCAAAAACACUUCUUCACUGACCUUUGUCCAGCUAGGCCCUACCUCCUAAAGUUUCUAGAAUCUCCCAAAACAGAACCAUUACCUGGAAACAAUUGUUUAACAUGUAAGCUUUUUGGGGGAUUAUAUUUACUAUUUAAAAUAUGCUGGGUACAUCACGUUGGUUCUGGAAGAACCCUUGCUCUUUCAGUACCAGUCCCUGGUGUGCUAAGACACAGUUACAUCCCUUUCAGGUGGCCUGUUGGACAUUCAUAUCCUUAAUUCAUUCUGCACAUAUCCCUUCUCUCCAGCAGCCCAUGAAAAAGCCCAACAUACAGAAAUUUGUGCUGCAGCCUAGGCUUGCUGCCAAGCUCUUCCAAGUUAGUAUUACCUUCUAUCCAGGAAAUAAGUCUGAAUGGAAUGCUUGUACACGCUGCGUGGCUACAUCCAAUUUAGAGUUCCUCUGGCCUUGUGCCUCUUAGAAGUGGGUAGAGUAAAUAAAAUACAAUGACCUUCUGUAGUGCUUUUUAUCCCCGUAGGCUGGCCUUGAAACCUUGACCCUUGUCUCAGCCUCCCUAGUACUAAGAUUAUGGGUGUGUAUCACCAUGCCUGUGAAUGACCCCUCACUUCAAAAAAAAAAAAAAAUAGGACAUUUCCCACUGCCAUGGGAUCACCACAGGCUCCCCUAGAGAAUGCUGAGCUUUUCAGAGCUUGCCUUCCACCUCUUGGAAGUAUGUUUUGCUAAACCCUCCAGGGCAUGUAACUUCUUGCCCACCAAGCCCAGUGAGCAUGACCAACAGGUUGCAUUAAUUUUGGAAGACUGAUGUCACCAGGCAAACUUCACACCCAUUAUGUGAACGUAGACUGCUCUUGAUGAGACAAAGAGCACUUUCCAGUGGAGAAACUUAUGUCAGGCAGCUAGCCCUCAGAUGUAGUGGGUGUUGACAUGGUCAUGUUGCAGUGAACCUCCAACACAAUAUCUCUGGGACAAGUUAUGAGGACCUGGAAGAAGACCUCUCCAUCUCCCUCUCUGCCCUAGACUGGAAAAGGGCCUAAUGUGUGGUCUUCAGAACAAGCCAACAUGGUCUGCUGAAAGAUGUCACUGAAAGCCUCAUGUGACAGGACUGUAGCAACUUAGACCCAUUAUCCAAUCACUGUGGGAGUUCACCUUCCUCUUCCGGGUGGGGCCUAGUCUCCCUCGUUCUAGGUUCUGUGUCUGUAAAGUGGCUCGGGUCAGGAAUUAAUAUGAUGCCCUGGAGCAACACUGUCAUAGUCUGUGCUAGCAAACAGCCCUGUGGGCCCAUGUCUGGCAGCACUCUGCAGCCUGUCCUCUGGAAAUAUCUCAGGCCCUCUCAUCUUGUUGAUGGUGUUUUAUCUUACUGGUGACUUCUGCAGGCACAUUGCUGUGGAAGUGCUUGAGCAAUUCUUGACUAAGGAGCAUUCCCAUCGGCCUGUGCUGUGUUUACUUCCAAAGGGCUUUGGAUACUGUUUGAUACACUGACCACUGUCCCUGUGUACAUCAAGAAGGAGCAUGUAUCACCAGCUUCCUAGGACAGUGUAUGAAGGCAGGGUAUUGUCCAGAUCCCUCAACUUGACUUUUGAACCCUGUAGGUUACUCAGGCUAACACCACAGACUUCAGACCCUUGAUACUCUAGGCAGUCAAUGCAGGAGCUUACUGGUUUGCUCUUCAUGGCUUGAUCACUUUGCUCUUAUACGAGACAGGUCCAUCUGCGCAGGGGUAGCAUUAUGCAUAGUGAGGUAGGUCCUCACAUCAAUCAUUAAUCAAGAAAAUGGUCCUGAGACUUGCCUACAGGCCAAUCUGAUGGUGACAAUUCCUCAAUUGGGGUUUCCUCUUCACAGAUGACUCUAACUUGUGUCAAAUUGACAAAAGCUAAUAAUGAUUGAAGGUCUAUGUCAUAAUGCCUCUUCUGGCCCUGAUGACUGGGCAUAGUUGAUCCUUGGCUCUUCUCUUGGUCUGACUGGCAUAUUUCAUUUUCUUUUCUUGCUCCUCCUCCCUCAUGGCCUGGUUCAGUUUGGACCAUUCUAGACGCUUCUGGCUGAACUCUCCCUCAUAUCUGCAGUAAAACCCUUCUCCUCAACCAUACCUUGGAGUGAUCAUGCCCUAAUUUUCAUUCAGGGUGCUGUGUUAAUUACUUCUCUAUUGCUGUGAUAAUACAACAUGACCAAGGCAUCUAUGAAGAAUUUAUUCUGGCUUAGUUUCACAGGGAUAAAAGUUUGCUAUGGCAGGAAGGCAUAGUAGUGAGAAGCAGGCAUGGUCACGGGAGGAGGAAACAGAGAUCACAAACCUUUAGCCACACACACAGUGAGGACAAAGCGAAGACAGUGAGUUGGAGGUAGGGCGAGGGCAUAAAUUCUCAAAAACCUGCCUCCAGUGGAGUCUCGUCUGAAACUAAAUCUCAAAAUCAAAAAGUAGUACUACAUUAUAUAAACAUAUGUAUGUAUGUUCUAACUUAGAAGAACACAGAAUAUGUAUUACCCUUCCCAAGGGGAGGAAUGGGGGUGUAGUGGGAAAACACUGAAACCCAGGAGUGAAAACUGUAAAUCCUAUGGCUCCAUGUCUGGUGCCUAGGACUUUAAAGUGCUUAAAUGGCAUAGCCUCCCACCGACCUUGCUGCCUGCAACAUACAUCUCUCUUUUGGACAUGUUUCCAAUCCCUGCCUGCAACGUUCCUUGGCAGAUGCCUCAUAGCUGAGCAUCUCCAACAUCCCGGGGGUUUCCCUGCAACCUGGUGUAGAUGUCACAGCUUCAUGCAAUGGCCUCUCACAUUGCCCUCUUAAGGCCUUCAUAUGGGGACUCUGCUUCCAAACAC